AUGAAGAUUGUAUUGCAGAAAGUGAGCCAUGCUUCCGUUGUGGUCAACUCCAAGGUUAUCUCUAGCAUUAAAAAUGGUUAUUUCUUACUUGUUGGUAUAACAACUGAGGAUACCAUGGAUGACAUUGAAAAACUGUCAAGGAAAGUGGUCAAUUUGAGAAUUUUCGGUGACGAACCCGAUGGUUUCUGGAAGAAGAAUAUUAAAGAGGUCCAGGGUGAAAUUUUAUCGGUAUCUCAAUUCACACUGUGUGCCAGGACAAAGAAAGGUACAAAGCCUGAUUUUCAUCUAGCUCAGAGAGGCCAUAUCGCCAAAGAAUUGUACAAUAAUUUUUUAAAGCUCCUAGGUGAUAGUAUAGGGCCUGAGAAAGUGCAGGAUGGUGAAUUUGGGGCUAUGAUGAGUUGCUCAUUGACGAAUGAGGGCCCAAUUACCAUUCUACUCGACAGCAAGGAAUAA